GUUUUAGAUAGGUUCAAAAAUUUCCACGUAACAAAAUUUUUUUUCUCCCUCCUACAUAUGCGCAUCAUCAACUAUUGUAAAAUCUAAAGAGUUAAGUAAAAUCAAAGACGGCAACUAGACAUAUUGCAAGUCAAAAAUAUUAGUAUAAUGUCAGAGAACCAAGAAAAAUCGAAAUGUGGAGUCUGUGGAAAAGCCGAAGGGGGAGAUAUCGCCAUUAAGCGCUGCGGGAGAUGCAAAGCUAGCUUCUACUGCAGUACAAGUUGUCAGCAAAAAGACUGGCCAUUGCACAAGGACGAAUGUCGUGCUAGGGCCGAUAUGGCGGCGGGUAAGCAGUGGUACGACCGGUACCGAAAAUGCGAGGACGGCGGCUCGCACUUCGGCGAGCUGGAACUCAUCACCUGGGGUGGUGUUUGCUCAGUUACCGGCGAUGAAUUGGGUUGGGGCAACUGUGUCGUGUCCGAGUCGGCGGAACUGAAGCGCAAAUACGAGGAAGACUUCAAGUCGGAUGACAUCCGCAUGCAUCAGUACUGGCCGCAAGGCUUUCGAUGGACGUGCUGCGGCAUGCUUAGCGAUAUGAAUUUCGGGUGCGAUCACCACGGCACCGGUCCUCAGCCCUGCUCGUGUGACUUCUGCCACAGCGGAAAGUCGCUACCGGAUGAUGCCUAUAAGGAUACAGUACCACGCCAUGGGCUACAGCUCUCUCGUGGGCCGGAUCCGCGGUCGUAUGAUGAGACCAAAGCUGCGACUGCGGCAUCGAUGCGCCCUUUAUUUGGCUUACCGUCAUAGCAUACCUUGGAUACCUAACCCGAUAAAUCUUAGGUAAUCUUGAUAUUAUCAAUAUUAUCAGAUGCUGGAUCACAUGAAGGGAACACCUUAUAAUUUAGGUAUUCGCGUAGUUGAAUAUAGGUAGAAAUCCUAGAUACUGAAGCCAGGGCGCAAUAGGGGGCCGACAAGGAUAUCAUCUUCCUUCUCUCGCGUGAUGCUCACAAGAUACUACCUUUCGUACUCCCUAUGGUAGGAAUUAAUAUAGACAUGAACUUA